ACGGUUGCUGCAGCUUUCCCAUUUCCAGCCCAGCGACAGGUGCAGGGAGCCGGGAGCCGGGCAUGAUGGCGACCAUGGGGAUUCAAGUGUUGGGCAUCACGCUCUCCGUCAUUGGCUGGCUGGGGUCCAUCCUGUGCUGCGCCCUCCCGAUGUGGCGCGUGACAGCGUACAUAGGCAACAACAUCGUGGUAGCCCAGAUCAUCUGGGAUGGCCUGUGGAUGAACUGCGUGGUCCAAAGCACCGGGCAGAUGCAGUGCCAGAUCUACGAGUCCAUGCUGGCGCUGGCCCAGGACAUGCAAGCCGCCCGGGCGCUGGUGGUCGUCGCGAUUGUCCUGGCGGUGGCGGGGAUCUUUUUCGCCAUCAUCGGAGGGAAGUGCACCAGCUGCGUGGAAGACGAGACGUCCAAGGCCAAGAUCAUCAUCUUUUCCGGCAUCAUCUUCAUCCUGUCCAGCCUCAUGCUCCUCAUCCCCCUCUGCUGGACCGCCAACAUGAUCAUCCGGGACUUCUACAAUCCCAUGGUCCCCGACAGCCAGAAGCGGGAGCUGGGCGCCUCGCUGUACAUCGGCUGGGCCGCCUCCGGCCUGCUCCUCCUUGGAGGGGUGCUACUCUGUUUCAACUGCCCCCCUAAAAACGAGAAACCGUAUUCGGCAAAGUACACGGCGACCCGAUCCGUGCCGGCCAGCAACUAUGUCUAAGAAUUAGCCCGUCUCCCUGCUGUGCGGGUUGUGCAUGGGACUUUCUGCUACCACCCCACUGGGGGGAUAUUUAAGACUGUGUUUCUUCUGUGUUGGACAGGUGUUCCUUCCAUGACUUAACAACCAUAUGCUGUGACCGGAGCUCCUCACCCUGAUUCUGAAAGCAGGCAUCGUUCUCCUGUGUUCAGUCUUUUGAGGAAGCAUCUCGGGUGCAGAGUGUUAAAAGGGAGAAUGUGAUUGGUUGGGGUGCUUGCCACUUUCACCCGCCAGAACUACACGGAGAACGAGCUUCACAGGCAGCUGUUUUGGACUAUGGCCAAAAGGUUUUUUUUUUUCACGGUCAUUCAUCGGAUUUCAGUUUUCAAAGCUGGACUGGGGAGGUUGAAGGCCUUGUCUCUGUUGAAGGGCUUUCCGUCAGCACUUGACUGGAAUGGAGUGGACAGCAGCAAUGCAGUUUGAGGUUUGUGAGUCUCUCAGUCUCUAGGGCCAUCUCUGGUUGCCUAGAACUUGAAGGCUAACCCACACUGGUGUUGCAUGAUGGCUGGGAACCUGGAGACAGACUCAAGAAUACAGGUCUGCUCUUGUGGUGCCGGUGUGGUGUAGUGGUUAAGAGCAGGUGGAUUCUAAUCUGGAGAACUGGGUUUGAUUCCCCACUCCUCCACCUGAGUGGCAGAGGCUUAUC